GAAUUGUGUCAGUAUAAAUGCAUUAUUUAAGUUGGGUCCUCCACCGCUAGAUGGAGCAACCGGACCAUUGCGUAAGGAAGACAGUGAACGUCAUGUUGACAUUAUAAUGGUCGCUGAAGGAGCACUGAAUGAAAGAAGCUUGUUGAUGUGUACUGCAAGGCGUCAGGAUUUAUGUGGGGGGACAGAUGCAAAUGGACCUGGGGGCUCACAUCUGGGUCCUCUCAAGGCUCUUCUUGGGUUCACUCUUCCUUGUGUACAAGCAUCUGAUAGUACCUCUGCACAGACCUUACCGCAACACAUAGGCAAGCCAGAGUUCCCUGACACAGGGUGGGACCGCAUCAAAGAUCUUUUCAGCAGGCAUGAAGGUGAGAUGUACUCAGAGGAGUUAAGGAAUAUAGUAAAGUGUGGAAUUGCUGCAUCCAUAGUAGGGAUGGUCUAUGGAGGCCUACCAGGAGCCAGACAUGCUCGUGAGAGAUUUAUUCAACUCAGCCAGGCUGAAAUGUACCAAAACAGAGUGGAUGCCGUGCGCUCUGCACAUAAUGCAGCUAUUCGUGGGUUUGUGAGCUUUGGCUGGCGAUGGAGCUGGAGGGUAGCAGCAUUUGUGACCCUGUUUAACACUGUAAAUACUGGCUUGACAGCAUAUAGAGACAAAGACGCUCUAAGCCAUUUCACUGUUGCAGGCGCUGUAACAGGAGGAUUGUUCCGGCUGAAUCUGGGACUUAGAGGGCUGCUGGCUGGUACAGCCAUAGGAGCUGUACUGGGGCUGCCGGCUGGAGUUUUAAUUGUGGGUCUGCAGAAGCUGGGGGGUGAGACCAUGCAUGACAAGAGGCGACGAGAAAGACGAGAGUUAUAUGAGCUGAGAGUCGCUGAAUGGAAUGCUCGUCUAAAGCUUACAGAUGAUCUUGCUGGAGAAAUGAUGACUGAGAAACAUCAGCACACUGAUAAUGACCUUCAACGAAUAGAGGAGCUGCUCAGUCAACCAAGGAAUGAGAAAGGGCCAAAAGCAGUAGCAGAGACUUGAGUGUUAAUUGAAAAAACACUUUUUUGUUCCCAAAAUGGGAGGUAUGUCAAACCCGAGAAAGCAGGGUAAGUCAAACCCGUUUCUGAAGCGAGGUAACUUAUACUCAGAGUCCAGUUACCAUGGUUUUAAAUGCAAAGGAUGGUCACACCAAAUAUUGAUUUUCUUUAGGUAAUAGAAGUUGAUAAAUAAAAUCUAUUUAUGACAGUAUUUUUUAAAAGCAUCCUCACUUUACAGCAUUUUUACACAAGUGCCUAAAACUCUUCACAGUACAGUAUCUUUGCAGGUCGGUUUCUUCAAGCUUCUUGGAGACACGGCCACAGUUCUUCUGGAUUUAGUUUGUCUCAGUUUCAUCUGUUUCUUCAUGUAAUCACAGACAGAUUCGAUGAUGGUGAGAUCAGCAGCCAUAUAUAUAAAGCUGCUCAGAGUAAAAUUUUAGUCUCAAAUGUGUCAAAAUUCUAAGAAUGACAUAAUUUUACUCUUAUUCCUAGACUUAAGAAUAAGUAUGAUUCAUAAAGGUUCAUAAGUGUAAAGACUAGGUCUUAGCUCCUAAAUUAUUUAAGAGAGACAUGGAGACAUGCUUCCCAAUGAAGAUAUGAUAUGUAUUGGAGUAAUAUGAUGACAUGGAGUUGAUAAAACAAUAUAAACUUGAUUGACCAUUCUUUAGUAACUGCCCUAAUAAGAAAUGUAAUAACUUUAAAUAAAUGUAAUAAAUUUAAUAAAUAUUACUUAAAAAAUAA